GUAACUCUGAGUAAUACACCCUGAUCCGUCUGCGCUUCCACUUUGUAUAUAGCCUCAACAGCAGGCGUGAGGGUACCCGGUCACAUAUGGCACCAUCCAGACUAUUAAGAAGAGUGUUACUUUCAGUGAGAUCUCUUUUCUGCCUCUCCCGCGGCCGAGAGCUCGCGGCCACAGGGCGGAGAAGGGUAAUCUACAGCCAUGUGUCUCACUGCCUUCUCCCAGUCACACUCAGUUGGGGCCUGGUUGUACUUGUAUGGUUCCUCCUGGACAUGGUCCUUGUCGGCAGUCUCACCCCUCCCGUGCAUGCAAACAGGCUGCAGCGGAUACAAGAGAGCUGGAGAAAGCCAUCCGAUUCCAUUACAGCGCUAUCCCCCUGGCCGAAGGACUUUAGCCAGGGCAUCACACCUAUCCGGUGCCAUUCACAUAAUGACUACUGGCGCAAGGUUCCACUGUUUGAUGCGCUCACCGCUGGUUGUGUGGGCGUAGAGGCAGAUGUAUGGCUAGAUGAAACGUCCAACAACCUACUGGUAGGCCACCGGAGCUCAUCCUUAUCGGCUGACCGCACUCUACAGUCUCUCUAUAUCAAGCCCCUGACCACAAUCCUCACCCAGAUAAAUCAAGGCGCCAACUUUCCUGUCCCCAGAUCCGGAGUUUUCGAGGCCUUUCCUAAUGCAAGCCUGACACUCCUGAUUGAUGUCAAGACCGACGGCCAUACUUCCUGGCCCGUGGUGAUGGAUCAACUAGGCCCCUGCGUGCCGGUGGCUGUAGUGGGCACUGGGAAUACCCCAUUUAACCUAGUCAAUGCCGACGCCGAAUACCGGGACGUGUUCUUUGAUGCCCCACUAGAUCAACUUGCAGACAACACCAGCUUCACCGCCAACAACUCAUACUACGCAAGCGCGUCGUUACGGAAAGCUGUCGGGAUCAUCUGGCCCUGGGGACCAAGCAGACGUCAGAAAGAGACCAUGAAGAAGAUGAUCGAUACGGCCGCGGCAAGGGGAUUAGUGUCACGAUUCUGGGAUAUACCCGGGUGGCCGGUGAAUCGACGGACGAAGCUCUGGCGAUUCUUAGUGGAGAGCGGGAUUGGAAUACUGAAUGUGGAUGAGUUGUUCGAGGCGACGCAAUGGAUUUGGGAUUGGUGCAUAUUGCGGGGUGGGUGUUAUGUUAAGUGAUUUGAUGUUGGGUAACGGCAAUACUUUUUCCUUCUACUGAACUUAGCACUGUCUUACUGUAUUAGUUGUGAAUUGAGGUCAAUAAGGCA